AUGACAACUAGAGCUAGUGUCUUGCCAAAGCUAGUUACUUGUUUUUCCUCCCUUAAGUUCUACUUAACCAUCUUGUGCCUCGUUUCCACUAUUUAUGUCAUUCUCCAAAUAUCUUUAUUUCAAAUCACUCAACGUUCCCUUUCACUCCCACCUGCUCUCUUGACGUAUCUGAAACACCAACCUGAACAAACAUCUGAUAACAAGACAGCUUACUUGGUGGAAAAGCUACGUGAAUCCGUGACGUUCCUUCCACUCAAGGACCUUCGCUUUUCAAACAACCCGCAGGAAGGUCAUACUUGGUUCAUGAGCUCUCUCUUGGAUAACCAAACCAAAGGAGAAGCUCAGCAUCAAAAGUUUCCUUCAGAUUCUUCCAAAGGAAGGCUUCUUUGCUUAAAAGGAGUUGAUGUGCACGAUGGAUCAUGGAACUACUACGCGUUGGCUUGGCCUGAAGCUCUUCCUACCAAUGCCACUCUUCAGGAGGGAUUGACUUUUGUUUCUUAUAAUCACUACGAUCACGUUAACUUGUGGCAUGGACUAUCGGCAGCACUCCCAUUUGUUUCUUGGAGCUUAAGAAACCAAUGUGAAAGGCCUCAAAAAUGGGUGUUAUACCACUGGGGAGAGCUAAGGUAUUGGAUGGGGCAUUGGUUGAGCGAAAUACUCACAGCCACUUACGGUGAGAAGCCAGAGAUUUUACAUUUUGUUGAUGAGGACAAGCCAGUUUGCUUUGAGAAAGCUGUUGUUAUGAGACACAAUGAAGGUGGAAUGUCAAGGGAGAGAAGACUAGAGGUUUUCGAUCACCUUAGAUGCAAAGCUAGAAACUACUGUAACAUCACUUCAGCGAAUACAUCGAAACCGCGAAUCGGUAUGACAUUGCUACUGAGAACAGGAGCCAGAUCUUUCAAAAACGAGUCAGUUGUCAUCAGUGUUUUUAAAAAAGAGUGUGAGAGAGUAGAUGGGUGUGUAUUAAGUGUUGCUUAUUCGGAUAAUCUAACGUUUUGUGAGCAAGUGGAGCUGAUGAAGAAGACCGAUGUGUUAGUAUCACCACAUGGUGCACAGCUGACUAACUUGUUUCUAAUGGAUAGAAAUAGUAGUGGGAUGGAGUUUUUCCCCAAAGGAUGGCUUAAGCUGGCAGGAGUUGGUCAAUUUGUGUAUAAGUGGGGAGCUAAUUGGUCGGGGAUGAGACAUGAAGGAGCAUGGCAUGACCCUUUUGGAGAAACAUGUAAGUUUCCUGAUGCUGAUAGACGAUGUAUGUCGUUGGUCUAUAAAAACGCUAUGAUUGGAUACAAUGAAACAUAA